AUGCGGCAGAUUAUUCUAGAUGGGCUACAACCUGCACGAUUUGACACAGCAGGCGAUGACUGUCAGCAAGACAUCUGUUUGGCUGAUAGUGAGAACCCAAGCCAGGAUUUUGUUCCGACUGACCCAACCCAGGAGUAUAUCCCACCUAGGCCUCCCAGGACUGAUCGAGGCGGGUUCCAGUUAGGGAGUGGGAGGAUGAGAAAACAUGUGGCCACCCAGGAUACUGGCGGGCUAUCUUCUACCCCGCAUGUGUCUCCUUACCGUCCAGCAUCACCACACCACCAUCCCUCUCCUCCUUUUGAGCAAAUGCAUUUUGAUUCAGAUUUUAUUAAUCUAGAUCCUAAUGCGGGGGGUUUCUUUGAGACUAGUUACGAGGGUGGUCAUCACAGUCAGCAUCUAGGCGGUGACCAUAUCCAUAAUGAUCAAGAGGAUGAUCAGGAUCAGGAGUACAAUCGGGAUCAGGAGCAUGAUGAUGAAAGCACCAAUGACUCUAAUGAAGCUGAGCAUUCCUCUCAUGAUCAUGAUGAGGGCGCUGAUCAGGGUCGCCAAAAGACCAUUGUUAGAAGGAAGUGUGGUUUUACCAAGUUUAGUAUGACUAAUUAUGUUAGAUGGAAGCAAGAAAACAUGAUUGUUCCUGAUGGUGUCAAUGCCAAGUUUCUUGGCUACCAUGCACCAUUGGCUAACCGUCAACCUGGAAGAGCCUUCUUGGAAGCAACCUCUUAA